UGUUUCCUGCUCGCUGGCCUUGUUGCAGUCAGCGAGUAAGUGUCGAGGAAAAAAAAAAAAAGGGGAGUGGGAGGGAUCUUCGCUGCAGGCAAGAAGAUAGACACGGGACGGAGGAGGAGGAGGAAGAAGAAGCGUGAGCCAGUGGGGAGCAUUCGGCGAGGAGGAUAGAACGUUCAGCUGGUUAGAACGUUGUGAACAUUCCAUCCGCUGCCUUUUAUCCUCCGGUUCGGUCUGAAACGGCAGCGAUCGCUCAACAAUGAGAAGGAAAUCUAGGAUCCUGCUAUGCUUCGCCUUUCUUUGGCUGCUUGGGAUCGCCUAUUACAUGUACUCGGGCACCACUGUCAGUCGGAAGGAGGACUGGAAUGAAGUUGACACAGUUAAAAAAAGAGAUCCCCACAAUGUCAACGGAGAAGAUAAGGCUCAAAAUUUGGAGACCCUUCCUCCAGGUAAAGUACGGUGGCAAGACUUUGAUCAAGAUGCAUAUGUUGGAGUCACGGUUGUUCGUCCCGGUCAAGACGCUUAUGCACGUAACAAAUUCAAUCAAGUGGAAAGUGACAAGUUAAAGAUGGACAGAAGUGUUCCCGAUACAAGACACGAUCAAUGUCGCAGAAAACAAUGGAGGGUUGAUUUACCGGCAACAAGUGUGGUUAUAACAUUUCACAAUGAGGCAAGGUCUGCCUUACUACGUACAGUGAUCAGUGUGUUAAAAAAAAGUCCUGUUCACCUGAUCAAGGAAAUUAUACUGGUUGAUGACUACAGUGACAGUGCUGACGAUGGGGCUUUGCUUGGGAGAAUUGAAAAAGUCCGGGUUCUCAGGAAUGAUCGACGAGAAGGUCUUAUGCGAUCUCGUGUGAAAGGUGCUGACGCAGCGCAAUCCAAAGUUCUCACGUUCCUUGACAGUCAUUGUGAAUGCAAUGAGCAUUGGUUGGAGCCUCUACUAGAAAGAGUGGCCGAGGACAGAACAAGAGUGGUGUCUCCAAUAAUUGAUGUCAUUAAUAUGGACAAUUUCCAGUACGUUGGAGCUUCGGCCGACUUAAAAGGAGGUUUUGACUGGAAUCUGGUUUUUAAAUGGGAUUACAUGACACCAGAGCAGAGAAGGGCUCGGCAAGGAAACCCAGUAGCUCCAAUUAAAACACCAAUGAUAGCUGGAGGCCUGUUUGUGAUGGAUAAAUCAUAUUUUGAAGAACUGGGGAAGUAUGACAUGAUGAUGGAUGUCUGGGGUGGAGAAAAUUUAGAAAUUUCAUUCCGUGUAUGGCAAUGUAGUGGGAGUCUAGAAAUAAUCCCUUGCAGUAGAGUAGGCCACGUUUUUCGCAAGCAGCACCCGUACACAUUCCCUGGUGGCAGUGGAACCGUCUUCGCCAGAAAUACACGCAGAGCUGCCGAAGUUUGGAUGGAUGAAUACAAGAAUUUCUACUAUGCAGCUGUGCCAUCAGCUAGGAAUGUACCUUUUGGAAAUAUUCAAAGUCGCCUAGAGCUGAAAAAAAAACUGAACUGCAAACCUUUCAAGUGGUACUUAGAAAAUGUUUAUCCUGAGUUAAGGGUUCCUGACCAUCAGGAUAUCGCUUUUGGGGCUUUGCAGCAAGGUACCAAUUGCCUUGACACCUUAGGCCACUUCGCAGACGGAGUGGUUGGGGUUUAUGAAUGCCAUAAUGCUGGAGGUAACCAGGAAUGGGCACUAACCAAGGACAAGUCUGUUAAACAUAUGGAUCUGUGCCUUACUGUUGUCGACAGAGCUCCAGGCUCACUUAUAAAACUUCAAGGCUGCAGGGAAAAUGACAGCAGACAGAAAUGGGAACAGAUUGAAAAUAAUUCCAAAUUGAGGCACGUGGGUAGCAACUUUUGCCUAGAUAGCCGGAACGCCAAAAAUGGAGGUUUAACAGUAGAAGCCUGCAGUCCUUCGCUAUCGCAGCAGUGGAAAUUUUCACUUAAUCUACAACAAUAAAAAUGGCUCAUGGUUUGGGGAAGAUUAGGGUGGGGGGGUUAAUACCAUUUCAUGGACAUCGGUUCUGAAUGCAUUGCAGAUGUAUUUGUUCAACGUCCUGCGGAAUUAUAUACCUCAGUAUUCCAUCUUGGUUUUGGAAUCGUGAGUACAUUGGAUAUGGGGGGGGUGGAGAGUCUGAGAGGAGACAAGGCCUCGUGCACCCCUCUGCUCUGAUUGGUUAGAAAGUCUGCAUUAUUGCACAGAGGCCUUGAACGGAGUGACAGUGUCAAUAAACAGUUAUACGGACAUUACCAGAGAUGAGGUAUACAGAGGAGCGUGUGAGAAGCUAGUCUGCUAAAUGGAACAUGAUUUUUGAUGUGCACAUAUGAAUUAAUUUUACAUUCAGUCUCGUAUUUCUUCAUCAAAGUGAACCAAAAGUAUGUUUGUUUUUUCCCCCCCCUGGAAUUGGUGGUCUAUAUUCCCUUAAAUCCGUUUUACUCUCACUGCGUAAUUUCUAGUCACUACAAACUUUUUCUAAGAUCAACAAGAAAAUAUUCAUUCUGACCCUGCGGUUUCCGAUGUUGGCCAACACAACUUUUUUUUGUCAGUGUUGAUAGGACCGGAUAUUUCAGUGCAACCGUUCAGAAGACUCCAUUAAUGCAAUACUUUAAGUGGGAUACAUAUUGCCAUAGAUCUAAUUGAAAACACAAUGAUAUCUAUGUCUCACGAAGAGUUUUCAUACCUUCAAGACUACAUCAAGGCACUGAUGGGAGAACCAGAAUAAUCCAUUUGAUUGCUGUCAGAGGAACGUCGGUUUCUUUAAAUGGACAUGUAUAUGUGUGUAUUUAAUGCAGGUUAAUUGCUUUUAUCUCUUGACUCUAAUGUCUUUUUUUUUUCAAAUUGGUGCAUAUAGCAGUCCCAUUUCAGGAAGCUUAUUUGACAAAAUUGAAAUGUAUCCUCAUUUUGCUACAAUGAUCUUUCAUCUGUUGAUCGCUGAUUAGUUGCUAUUGACACAAGGGAAAACGUCUUUAAUUUUUUUUUCUUAUAUAAAAUAUUUGGUCAUCCUUGAAGUAGAAGAACCAUUGGUCAAGAAUCAGAUGGUAUGUGUCUAAGUCCCCAUCCUGGAACUUUGGAAUGCAGCGUACAGUAUUUUUUGUGAUGUAUGACUAGUGUUAAGAUUUAAUAGUCUCUUGCACCAAUCAUAAAUUGUGAAAACGGGGACUACUCUCCACCUGCUAUAGUCCUAAACUGUGCUACUUUAGACCAACAUAUUUAACUUAACUUUAAACACUUCAGCCAGACGGUUCUCUAGUAAAGUGUCUUGGCACUUUAAGAAAAUAAUUGGCCCAAUUCCAUGCUGUGCAUCACUGCAAGGAAGGUCAUACCCACAGCAUCUUCUCUGGCAAGCCCCUCUAGAUGUACAAAGUAAUCGACAUUAAAGCAGACAUAUUUUAGGACAAUAUGUUUUAUUGAUUUACUGUCUAUAUAGAAUUCCCUUAUUAAUGUGGUAUCAUUUUUAUGGACUUAUGCAGCACUGUAGCUCACGUGAUACUGAACCACUCUCUCUUUAUACUGCACAUCCCUUUUUGUCCUUUAUAAUGGCAAAUUUUAGGUAACAGUAGAACAUUUUUUUCAUCCUAAUAUAGAGUUAUUUGUAUCACUUGGGUACUGGUUCCUGUUGGAUGUCACUGACACACCAGGAACCUGUAUAGACAGAGGUUUCUUUACUCUGUAAGCUUCAGCCCUUGUGAAGGUGCUUUACUAUCAUUUUCAGGUGUGGAUUAACCCUAACUACAUAUGCAGUGUUUUCUUUCAAAAACCCAUAAUAAAGAGUAUGAGAGGACGUUUACAAAGUCUGCAUGAGAUUAAUCCCGUGAUUUUGAUAUGUACGGCCCCUGCUAUGUGAUUAUUCUUUUCUAUACGUAUCCUGCUUGGGUGAUUGUAAAUGGAAAAUAUGGCAUUAACAUUCUUUGUGAGGCUCUCGAUGUUCCCUCUUUAGCAAAAUAUGUUAUAUCAAAGAAAAAGAUACUUCCUAUAGUUUUAUGAGAUUUGUGAUGCUCCAUGUGAUUUUUUUCAGUUCAAAUAUAAUGAAAGUUACCAAUCUGAGUGUAUACUCCUGCUGAAAGCCCAAAUGUGAUUUUUAAAAAAACAAAAAAAUAACCUUUUUAAGAUGUCUAGCUGUCCCAGUUUCUAAGAACCUUUUAGCAUAAAACAAUUGUGUGUUUUCCUUUAAAGUGAAGUCUCUUUGGUCAGACCUCUAUAUGUAAAGCUAUUUCUGAAGAUAACUCGGUUGCAUCGGCUUCUACAUAUUUAAACCUUAAAUAAUACACAUCUGAUUUUAGUGCUCUGUCUUUAAAGAGCACCAAACAGUGGGCUGCCUCCCCACUGCUUUAUAUUUGGUAAGUAAAAAAGAGAGAGCAUUGCUUUUGAUGUUAGGUAUGUUUACAUGACAUGGUGUGCCAAAGUCAUUUGCUGUGAUUUCUGUAUAAAGCAUUGACUAUUCCCAACUGAAUAUGUAAAACAAACAAAAAAAAAAAUAUAUAUAUAACAAUUUACUUAAAAAGGCCCUUGAACAGUGAGCAAAGUCUUAUGGGGUCUUUGUUGUGAUGUAUUCUCAUUGUCAUCAUGGAAAUAAUACUGAUGUAAUAACAUUAUUUUUUUUAUUCAAAAAAGUAUAGUUUGGUAAUUGUUCUAUUUCCAUUUGGUUAAAAUAAUAAAAUGGUGUCUGCUGUACAGGGCCUGUACUUGUUCAUUUUAUAAAUGCAAAACAUCAUUGAAAAAUUGUUUAACUUAAAGAAAAUAAAUACUUUAUAGAUAAA